AUGGAGGCACCGAGCCGGGAGGGCCUCCCCCGGGAGGGGCGGCCGAGGUCCAGGCCUGGGUCCGGGCCCAGCCCCGACCCAAGCCCGGGCCUCGACGGCGGCUACCUCCGGGGUCCCCCCAGGGAGGGCCGAGAGAGACCUGGCCGCAGCGGCAGCUUCCUCAAGCGCCUCCUCGGGGAAGGAUGGGAGAGGCCGGGGCGAGGUCCCGGCGGCCGCCGCUUCCCGGGGAGAUACCACCGAGAAGGCCGAAAGAGCCCCAGCCCCGGGCCAGGCAUCUGCUUCCAUCGGAAAGGAUGGGAGAGGCCCGGCUCAGCCCAGAUCAAUAAAUCAGAGAAGCCUGAAAGCUGCGACAAUGUCAAAGUUGUUGUUCGAUGUCGACCCUUCAAUGAGAGAGAAAAAGCAAUGUGCUACAAAUUGUCUGUUAAUGUGGAUGAGAUGAGAGGAACUAUUACUGUGCACAAAACAGAUUCUUCCAAUGAACCUCCAAAGACAUUUACAUUUGACACGGUUUUUGGACCAGAUAGUAAACAACUUGAUGUUUACAACCUAACAGCAAGACCCAUUAUUGAUUCUGUGCUAGAAGGCUACAAUGGUACUAUAUUUGCAUAUGGACAGACUGGAACUGGCAAAACAUUUACCAUGGAAGGUGUACGAGCUGUACCUGAACUUAGAGGAAUUAUCCCAAAUUCAUUUGCUCAUAUAUUUGGUCAUAUUGCAAAAGCAGAGGGGGAUACAAGGUUUUUGGUUCGAGUAUCUUAUUUGGAAAUUUAUAAUGAAGAAGUACGUGACCUUCUAGGAAAGGAUCAGACACAAAGAUUAGAGGUUAAAGAAAGACCUGAUGUCGGAGUUUACAUCAAAGAUCUGUCAGCUUAUGUGGUAAAUAAUGCAGAUGAUAUGGAUAGAAUUAUGACAUUAGGCCACAAAAAUCGUUCUGUUGGGGCAACUAAUAUGAAUGAACACAGUUCCCGUUCCCAUGCCAUAUUUACAAUUACUAUUGAAUGUAGUGAAAAGGGUAUUGAUGGAAAUAUGCAUGUUCGGAUGGGCAAAUUACACCUUGUAGAUCUUGCUGGUUCAGAAAGACAGGCAAAAACUGGAGCUACUGGACAAAGACUGAAAGAAGCAACAAAAAUUAACCUUUCACUUUCAACUCUGGGUAAUGUCAUUUCUGCCUUGGUUGAUGGGAAAAGCACUCAUGUACCAUAUCGAAAUUCAAAAUUGACCCGCCUUCUUCAGGAUUCCUUAGGAGGAAACUCAAAAACCAUGAUGUGUGCAAAUAUUGGGCCUGCAGACUACAAUUAUGAUGAGACCAUCAGUACAUUGCGAUAUGCUAAUCGUGCUAAAAAUAUUAAGAAUAAAGCUAGAAUUAAUGAAGAUCCAAAGGAUGCUUUGCUUCGGCAGUUUCAGAAAGAAAUAGAAGAACUCAAAAAAAAGCUUGAAGAAGGGGAAGAGAUUUCAGGCUCUGAUGUCAGUGGAUCAGAAGAUGAUCAAGAUCAAGAGGCUGAGGCUGGAGAACAUGGAGAAAAAAGGAAAAAGAAAAAAGACAGUAGCAGCAGCAAUAGUUCAGAUUCUACAUGUUCUGUCAUAGAGAAACCUCUGGAUAAGUACUUGACUAAUCAAGCAGGUAAAAAGAAGGUUUCUCCAGAUAAGAUGGUUGAAAUGCAAGCAAAAAUUGAUGAGGAAAGGAAAGCACUUGAAACCAAACUUGAUAUGGAAGAAGAAGAAAGAAAUAAAGCCAGAGCUGAACUGGAAAAAAGGGAGAAGGACCUUCUUAAAGCCCAACAAGAGCAUCAGUCACUUUUGGAAAAACUAUCUGCACUGGAAAAGAAGGUAAUUGUUGGAGGUGUUGACUUGUUGGCUAAAGCUGAGGAGCAAGAGAAACUUUUAGAGGAAUCUAACAUGGAACUAGAAGAAAGAAGGAAAAGAGCGGAACAACUUCGAAGAGAGCUUGAGGAAAAAGAGCAAGAACGCCUGGAUAUUGAAGAGAAGUAUACUAGUUUACAGGAAGAAGCUCAAGGAAAGACCAAGAAAUUGAAGAAAGUUUGGACCAUGCUAAUGGCUGCAAAGUCAGAAAUGGCAGAUCUUCAACAAGAACAUCAGAGGGAAAUCGAAGGCCUUCUGGAAAACAUUAGACAGCUCAGCAGAGAACUUCGGCUUCAGAUGCUUAUUAUUGACAACUUUAUUCCUCAGGAUUAUCAGGAAAUGAUUGAAAAUUAUGUUCAUUGGAAUGAAGACAUUGGAGAAUGGCAAUUAAAAUGUGUUGCCUACACAGGAAAUAAUAUGAGAAAGCAGACUCCAGUACCUGAUAAAAAGGAAAAAGAUCCCUUUGAAGUAGACCUUUCUCAUGUGUAUUUAGCUUAUACUGAGGAAAGUCUCAGACAAUCUUUGAUGAAAUUAGAGAGGCCACGCACUUCAAAGGGAAAGUCAAGGCCCAAAACUGGAAGAAGAAAGCGGUCUGUGAAGCCUGAAACUGUAAUUGAUUCUUUGCUUCAAUAAAUGUUUACAUCUGAAACAACAA